AUGCAAAUCCUCUUCUCAACAACAGCCUUCAUCCCUCACUUCACGAUCGGACCUUCGUUCAGGAACAAGAUGCGCCAAUCACUGCAAACGCGCUUUUUGAUUUCCCCUGAAAACCUUCUGGAAGGAUUUCUGGCUUGCGCCGGCGAAUUCGCCCUUAGAUCGGGCUACCUCCCGACACAGGUGGAAACGCAGAACAUGUCCCGCUGUGCUACAGCAAUCCGCAAACUCCGUGCGCUGGAUUCGCCAACAGACAUUGCGCAAGUCCGGGUCAUGUUAGCUCUGGGAACUAGUAUUCUCACUUAUGACCAGAUGGCGUCACCAGCCGUGUCAGCAUCGCCGCAAGGUCAAGGCGCCUCCAUGAUCUGCCGAUACGUGUUAUCGCAUGCGAAGCCGUGGUACGAACCACCAGGGCCACUUGCGCUUAUGCCUGAGAUGGACUUCGAGAUGAAUUGUCUUAUAUACCUGGAUACGAUGGAGUGUCUUCUUCAUCGACAGAUACCUGUUCUACGACUAAGGGUUCGGGAAGGCGAGCCAGUGGUUGACCGCUAUAUCGGACUUUGUUAUUCAUUGCUGCCCCUGCUGUAUGAUGUUUGUCUGGUGGGGCGUGAUAUCAAAAACCAGAAGCAGGUACGGUUAGAGGCGUGGGAGAAGGCGCGAGAUGCUAUUGUAGCGUGGCAGCCUUUUGUCUCUCCCAGGUUUUCAGAGACGUACACCUCCAAGGAGGUGAUUGGGAUGUUUGCCCAGGCGAAUAUCCACCGUCAGCUAGGGCUUUUAGUGCUCCACAGGCUGCGGUACCCGUUCGGAGAGGAGGAUAAAGCGGCGACCAUCUACUCAGAAUCCAUCCUUGCGGAGACGAAGACUUGCUUUGAGCUGUCCGGGGACUAUCCGUCCAAAGUCGGCCUUGCGCUCUUAAUCGCUGGGUUCGAACUUGUUGAGCAUUCUCAGCGGUGA